AUGGCAUCCGGACAACGAGGAACUGACAGAGGUUUCUACCCUGGAACUACUGUACCUACGAACGCUCGUUAUGGUCCUGGAUUUCAACAUUCAGUUGACCUGCGAAGCCAUGCAAACCCGCCAUUGCAAUACAUGGGUAUGCAACACAAUGUGGCCUACUCCGACUAUGCCCCAAUGAACGAACCCUGGAAUCAUCAGCAAGCACGAGUGAAUUCCUUUUCGCAACAUUCUGAGCAGACUGCUGAAGCACAGAGGUCUGUUUUCGAGCGUUUCUCAGCCAGGAUCAACCCAUUCGUGAGGACUACAGGCAACCAACCUGAUAACCAACAGUACGAACAUUUGAUCGAUCAAAUCAAGCAUUUCGAAAGCAAGCUUGAGCAAGCUACACACCAUAGCCGGGAACUCGAAUCAGAAAACAUGGCUUUAAAGCAAGAAUUGAAAGAGUCGGAUUCCAGACUCGCAAAAGCUCUCAAGGAGCGCGAUGAAUACAAGCGCAUCAGCGACGGUAACGACUGGGCAGGGUCAGUAAAGGUAUCAGACGACGAUGUUCAAGACAAAUGGAAGCAGCUCGACUACAACAUCCGUUCCCUUGCGAAAGCGUUGGCCAAAUGUCCCGUCAUCCUACCAACUACUGAUCGCACCAAAAUACGGUUCUCCACCAUAGCUUCCCACUGGAUGAGCCUGCUGGCCGAUGAAGACUACAUAGAAUGGACCAUACAGGCUUAUCUAUGGGUUGUUGUGCGCGAAAGAGUUUUCCGAGGGUCAGGCCAAAUUUGGGGUGGUGAUCAUGUCCAAGGCUUGAAAAUCCUUCGACUAGACCUUUUUAACCAUGCCUUCAAAAUCCAUCGUUUUGGACUGCCAGGAUCAAGUAUCCACCACGUUGCAAGGUGGUCUAUUCAGGGUGCUUCUCUCCUCGGACACCUCUCUAGACGUGACCCGGAGAGUCUGAAGAAUAUAGUGAGGGGAGAAUUGGAUGAAGUGAAAGGCUUUUGCAACAUAGUCUUGAGCAAGUCGAAUAUUGAUUUCCUUCAGGGGAUGCUGGAUAUUUUUGAAAACGCGCUGGAACUCGAUGAGAUUUUCAUGAAGUCUAAGGCGUUCUUUGCGGUCCGCUUGUGUGUUCCAUCGAAGCAGGGACUAGUGCGAUUCGAUGCCAACAAGAUGGAGGCUCUUGCGUAUAGCGAGACACUCUCUUCUCAGACCAUUGUUGAUUUCAUCGUGUCGCCCUUCCUCAGAAAGAGUGGAAAUUCUGAUGGUUGCAACUACGAAGAUACGAUGGUCCUUUGCAAGGCCUCUGUAGUUUGCCGUUGA